AUGAAGUGGGUUGUAGCUAUCGGUUUCAUCGGCCUCGUCGCGGUGUACGCCAGAGAACUAGAUGACGAUUCGAAGGAUCUUGUAGCAGCUGCCAGUGGAAAGGGACAUCAUCAUGAAGAAGGAGGUGGCAAGGAGCACCAUGCCCAUCACCACCAUGAACACGGGGAAAAAGGACACAAAGGGCACAAAGGGGAUCAUCAUCACCACAAGGGAGAGCAUGGUAAUCAUGGCAAACAUCACCAUGCUGGACAUCACCAUGAACAUGGAGGUGGACAUAAAAAACAUUGGGACGAACACGAUCAUCACGGCCACCAUCACAAACAUGGGCAUCAUCACAAAGGCGCUAAACACGGUCACCACGAACAUCAUGAUAAGGGAGAUAAAACGGAUGGAUACCACAAGAAAUACCAUAAAGAUACAUUCCACAAGGACCAUCAUUUCUAUGACGACCAUCACGACGAAGGCAAGCACCAUAAGCAUGGCAAACAUCAUGGUCAUCAUGAAAAGCAUGACGGUGAACACAAAAAGGGUGGUCACCAUAAGCACGGUCAUCACGAAGAACACUAUGGGAAAAAAGGUCACCACGAUAAGCAUCAUUAUGAUGAAGAUCAUCAUGGUCAUACGGGCCAUCAUGGUCAUGAGGAGCAUCAUCAUGAUCAUCAUGACCAUGGUAAAAAGGGUGGUCACGAAGACCAUAAGCAGUGGGGUUUCCACCAUGGAAAACAUUAA